AUGAAACUGUUGGACAUUAGGCAAGGGAGCCAAGCUCACCAGGACGAAUCAGCCAGCAUGUACCUGAACACCUCAAGCAACAGCAGUGACAUUAGCCAACUCGUCGCACACAACAGCAGUGACAUGAGUCAGCUCGUCGCACACAAACACUCCCUCAUAAAGAAGAACAGCUUUUCUGAAAAUGGGGCCUCAAUUGAUUUGGGUGAUUAUGAAGAAUUUCUGGAAUACACCGAAGAAGGACAUCCAUCGCUGGUUCUCACGGGAAUCAACAGUUUCCGCAAACAGCGCCAGUUCUGUGACAUUCUCCUGGUUGUUGAGGAUCAUGAGCUGGCAGUGCACCGUGCAGUCUUGGCUGCCUGCAGUCCCUACAUGUUUGACUUCCUGUCUUGUUUAGAAGAAACAGCCGAGUCACAGCCCACCUACAAGCUCAAGGAUAUGUCUUAUACUGGCUUCCAGUUUCUGGUGGACUACAUGUAUACUGGCAGGUUGCAUGUGCCCCUCGAAAGUGUGCCAGGUGUAUAUGCAACAGCCAUAGUACUCAAAAUGGAUUCUGCUGUGCGGGCCUGUGCUAACUUCCUGUCCACAAAUCUGAGUCCCGCAAACUGUUUAGGCAUCCGUCGCAUCACAAAAGAUAAAACUUUCAAGCAAGCGGUUGAUGAGUACAUUCGGUCACAUAUUAGUGAAAUUAUGAACAGCAAGACAUUCUAUGGCCUGCAGGAUCUUCAAGUGGAGUUAGUGGGCCUAGACGAGAACAUCUCUGAUGAAGCAAUGCAGAGAAGAAUGUUUUCACUGGUCCUUGACUGGGCCAAGAAUAGCCUCAAUGACCUGAAACCAAAACUGGACAGACUUAUUGAAAAGGUGAAUGUCUUGUACUUGAUAUCUGAUAACACCCUGAGGGAUUGCGCUGAUAUUGAGGAUAAAGUACUCAGCGGAAAUGAUGAUGUUGUUCAAGACUACAAGAUAUUGACACGCAGAAGAACGCCAUCUAAGAAGAAUGGUGGCCAGCCUGUCACUAACGGAGGUAGUGCACAACCCUUUAAGAAAUUCAGUCUCAACCCUGAGGAAUCCUUGUCCAAGGCAGAGAGGGAAUGGUCUAUUGUAGCCACACGUAAAACCAGUGAGAAUGCUUAUUUGGCCAUUGCAGUUUUGGAUGGGCGUCUGAUGGCUAUAACAGUCCACUUACGCCCAGUCCCAAUUGACAAUUCGAACGGGGCCAGAGCAACACCAGACUCUCCUCCCAUUGCUAAUAGUGACAGGAACCGAUUGAGCCCAUUGCUACGCAAGGCUUCUAUCACACCUUUGACAGGCAUGGGCACGGCACGGUGUGCUAUGGGAGCUGUGGAGCUGGAUGGAAAGUUAGUUGUGUGUGGUGGUUAUGAUCGAGGUGAAUGCCUUCAGACUGUUGAAGCUUUUGUUGUUGAGGACAAUGCAUGGAAAGUGAUGUCGCCAAUGAAUCGGGCCAGGGCACGGUUUGGUGCUGCGGUGCUGAAUGGCUGCUUGUAUGUGUGCGGUGGCUCUGAUGGCUGGAAGGAUCAAUCCUGUGUCGAAAAAUUUGACCCAGUAUCUCACAAGUGGACAUAUGCCCCAAAUAUGUUGAAAGAAAGGUCGUCACAUGGUGUGGUCACUUUGAAUGGCAAAUUGUACUGUGUUGGUGGUUGCGAAGGCCAAAGGAGCAUUGCAUCUUGUGAAGUAUAUGAUCCAGUUACCAAUAAAUGGUCUCGGAUAGCAUCACUAAACACUGCUCGGUCUCAGACCUGCGUGUGUGCUAUCAAUGGGUUACUGUUUGCCAUAGGAGGCACAGACCUCUGGAACACACUGAACACUGUGGAGGUCUAUAACCCAGAGAAGGAUGAAUGGCUGAUUGGAUCAUACCUGAACAUCGCCCGCAGAGGUGCCGGAGUGGGAAUCGUUGAUGGCAUAAUUAUUGUUGUUGGAGGCAGUGACGGAGCACAGUCUCUGAUGUCGACGGAGCUGUACGACUUUGAGAGCAACACUUGGACGGUGGGUCCAUCCCUGAACACACCAAGAGCCAAUAUGAGUGUUGUCACCAUCGGCAGACGUCUGUAUGCUGUUGGUGGCUUCAGUGGGAAGAAGUUUUUAACCACUAUUGAGUGGCUGGAUAUUGACAACAUGGAAUGGUUUGGUCACACUCCACGCCAGGAUUCUGAAGAAAAUACUAGAAGUACUGAGGGCUCUCCUGAUGUUGGUGGCACUGCAGGAGCAGUUGGUGCAUAUACAGUGUGCGUUCCCCAGAACAGUGGUGCCAAUUGUGAGGUUGCAGCUGAAGAGGAGAAAACACCACAAAAGGAAACAAAAGAGGAGGAAACACCACAAGAAGAGGAGGAAACACCACAAAAAGAGGAAAACCAGUGCAGUGAAAUUGUGGGAAUGCAAGAAAUUAUUUUCACAACAAAUUCUGGUGACUUGAGCACUGGACCCAGCAGCAAUCUUACAGUGAAGGAGGAAGCGUCAUAG